AAGUGGAACCACCGUGGGAUGUGACCGCGGCCUUACUUCUAGUUUGAAGGGUUUCUGAAGGGGUUCUAGAAUUUUUAAUUUUCAACGAGUACGAAUUAAAAAAUAUCGGUGUUGGAUCAAAAGAGAUAAAACAAUGGAGAAACCAGCACCAACAACAGAAAAUACCUCUGGACAAAUUAUGUACAUCAAUAAGAAAACGAUUAAUAAAAUAUGUUCAGGACAAGUCAUUUUUGACCUUGCUACAGCAGUAAAGGAGCUAGUAGAGAAUAGUUUAGAUAGUUGUGCCACUAUUGUAGAAAUCAAAUUAGUUGAUUAUGGCAGAACUUCUAUCACAGUAGCUGAUAAUGGAUGUGGAGUGUUGGAAAGAGAUUUCGACGGGCUUGGCUUAAAACAUCAUACUUCCAAACUGAAAGAUUUUUCAGACUUAGAAGAAGUAGAGACAUUCGGUUUUCGAGGAGAGGCUUUAAGCUCAUUAUGCGCCCUCUCAGAUCUUCACAUUAUUACUAAGCAUUCCACAGCAUUGCAUGCGUUCGACAUACAUUUCGAUAAAAAUGGUAAAAUAAAAAAAAAAAUCGUUAGUGCACGACACCAAGGCACAACGGUGUACAUCAAAGAGAUUUUCAAAAAUUUACCUGUGCGCUUAAAAGAGUUCCAAAAAAAUAUUAAAAAAGAAUUUAAAAAAAUGAUUCAUGUCCUUCAUAACUACUGUUUAGUAUCCACAGGAGUAAAAAUAAUUUGUACAAAUGCCUUGGGCAAUAAGUCUUCUAAUAUCGUAUUUUCAACCAAUGGCUCAGUCACUGUGCUAGACAACAUAUCUGCAAUAUUUGGGAGAAAAAUACGAGAUAAUUUACUCGAAGUUGAAUUGCUUCCAUCUGAUGGGAACAUUCUUGAAGAGUACAGCUUAGCGAUUGAUGAACCUUUAAAUUUCAGAUGGAAGUGUUUUGUGAGCACUUGUAUCCAUACAUUGGGAUGUUCUUCUCCAGAUAAACAAUUUUUUUAUGUUAAUAAUAGACCUUGUGAUCUUUCAAAAGUAAGCAAAUUGAUAAACUUUAUCUUCCAUAAUUACAACAAUAAACAAUACCCGUUUGUCUACUUGAAUAUCCUGAUAGAAAAAAACUGUGCAGAUGUUAAUGUAACACCUGACAAAAGAACUGUUUUACUAACUAAUGAAAAAAUAAUUUUUGCUGCUAUAAAAUCUAAUUUUAACAAAUUAUGGAAUAGUUGUCAGGGAGUAUUCACAGAAAAAACCCUACCAGAACUGAGAUCACAAAGUCUCAAAAGAGACUUCCCAUCAUCUCCAGAGGAUGGCCCCCCUUUAAAAAAACUUACUUUUCAACGUUUAAAUGAGAUCACUGAUGUGACAAAAAACAUAAGUUCGAGCAUUGCCAUUGAAGAUAUUAAAACCAAAUUGUUAAAACUUAAAUUGAGAAAAGAAGGUAAAGAUUCCAGUUCAAUCGAGCUUAGCAACCAACAAGUUCAAGGCAGAAGUAACGAAUCUAAAAAUAAAAAGAACUUUAUUUCUGUAAUAGAAAAAAAUAAAGAAUCACUUCAUGAGAAAAUUUUAACUCAUACAAUACCAAAAGAAACUUUUGACAAUGAAGCAGAACUGUGUACUAAGUUUCCCAUUGUGAACAUGACUGUAACUUUAAGCAGCAUCAAGGACAAACUACGUAAAAUAAAAGAAAUUAGAAAAUCUGAGAUAAAAGCUAAAAAUACUCUUCACUUUGAGACUCGAUUGAAUUCAAAUACCAUUGAUAUAGAAAGAGAAUUCAAAGACAAAUUAACAAGUGAAUCUUUUGAUCAAAUGGAAAUUAUAGGCCAGUUCAAUUUGGGAUUUAUUUUAGCAAAGCUUGAAAAUAAUUUAUUUAUAGUAGAUCAGCAUGCAAGUGAUGAAAAAUACCGUUUUGAAAAGCUUCUAAGCGAUACAAAAUUAAAAACUCAAAAACUGAUUGUACCAAAACCUUUAAAUCUUGCGGUUAUAAAAGAGUCUGUUCUUAUGGAUAAUUUAAACAUAUUUCAAGACAAUGGCUUCACAUUUGAGAUAAAUAAUAAUGAAGACAUUGGUAGAAAAGUCAGUCUUAAAGGCAUGCCUGUAAGUUUUAACUGGCAGUUUAGUCGAGAAGACAUAGAAGAACUCAUCUUUCUAAUACAAGAAGGAGGAGAGGAUGGCACGAAUUCAAAUGUCAUUCCUCGACCAUCGAGAAUUCGACAGAUGCUAGCAUCAAGGGCGUGUCGUAGUGCAGUUAUGAUUGGAAGAACGUUGAAUCGCAUGAAAAUGCGUCAAAUAGUAAAGCAAAUGGGUGACAUGACUAACCCCUGGACUUGUCCUCAUGGAAGACCAACGCUUCGACAUUUGUGUACAUUUACUCCUUUUAUAAAUUCAAAAUAAAAGAAGUUAGUUAAACACUUCUAUUAUAAAAACAAUCUA